UCGUUGAGCCCUCCUCCGCACACGUGUCCCGCCGGCCUCCUCCCGUCCCGUCCCCACACGCCACCACCCCACUCCCUCCCCAGCCGCACGAGCCCUCCGCCGGCGACGCGAGCCGCACCUCAAGUUCACUCCAACUUGGCCUCUCCUCCGCCUCGAAGCGACGCGACGCGGAGACGCCACGGAAGCUGCCGACCCAGCCCAGCCAUGGCCACGGCCGUGAUCUGCCUCGCGCGCCCCGCCGCUUUCCUCCCGCCGGCGGCCGCCCGUUCACCGUCUCUUCGGCCUUCCCCGCGCGGGCGCGUCAUGCGCCUGCGCCUGCGCGUGAGUUGCCGUGCCGGCGGGGACGAGGAGGGGGAGGGGAAGGGGGAGGAGGAGGCGCCGGAGUCGCUGUUCGCGAGGGAGCUGAGGCGGCGUGGGAUGGCGACGGGGGCCUCGCCGUCGUCGGCGGGUGAGAAGCAGGCGGAGGAGGGGGGACCGGAGGCGGGGAGGAAGCGCGGGGUGGCCGCGGCGGAGUUCGAGAGGGCCGCCGCGGCGGGUGAAGGGGCCGACGGGCAGAGGGAGCGGUCCAUGGCACUCAACAGCGAGGGCCUCGAGGGUCUUGUUCCACGGGCAAAGUUACUGUUGUCACUUGGUGGUACCUUCUUCCUGGCAUUUGGUCCUCUGAUUCUUGUCACCGUUUCUCUCUUUGCUGCUUUAUAUGUGUACUUUGGACCGAGUUUUGUACAUGAUGCAAGCAAGAUGCCCGUUUCGCCACGGCCCUACAUUGAUCCAUACGAGCUACUGGAAGACGAGAGGCUGUCCCUGCCCUCCCCAGAUGUGUUCUAAACCUGAAUAGCGCAAGAAACAAGUGCAGAACUGAUCAUAAGAAAUGAUCAUGCAUAGCUCAAUAUUUUCUUUUUUUGCUACUAGCCAUGUAGUUGUAAAUUCAAAGAUAGUUGUAGACUGUUAUAACCUAACAUUUCCGCAUGAUAUGUUUUAUAGAUAUCGCGUCAAAAGCCA